CUGGCGCCGCCGCGCAGGAAGGCGGAAACGGCGAGUCGUUGGUUAGGCGCGCCGCUGGCUUCACGGCGCGGGCUCUUCCGUGGCCGCCAUGGCGUCGGAGCGGCCGCGGGAGCCCGACGGCGAGGAUAGCAUCAAGUUGUCAGCUGAUGUCAAACCAUUCGUCCCUAAGUUUGCUGGGCUCAACGUGGCGUGGUCAGAGUCCUCAGAAACAUGUGUCUUCCCAGGCUGUGCAGCCACCUACUAUCCAUUUGUACAGGAGCCAGCAGCGACUGAGCAAAAAGUGUAUCCCGAAGACCUGGCUUUUGGAACCCCUACCUUCCCAGCACAGUAUGCGUCUUCGGAGAUAGCGCUGCAUCCUUUUGCCUAUCCCACUUACGUCCUAGAGUCCGCACAGAGGGUUUGCUCAGUGCCGACCCUGCAGUACGACUACAGCCAAGCACGGUGUCAUCCAGGCUUUCGGACAGCAAAGCCCCGGCAUGAGCACAUGUGCCCUCCUCCUCAGGAAGCAAAAGGUGUAUUUAAGAAACAAUCCUCUGAUGAGAGAAGAGCAUGUGAAGAGCAAAAGUCAAGCAACAGAAGGGCUGACGGUGCGGUACCCUGUGAGGCGAGACCAGCCAGGGGGUCACGUCACCUGUCCUCUCGCACUGAGAGCAGUUUGAAAUCUGAUGGUUAUCACAAGCGACCCGACCACAAGUCCAGAAUCCUUGCGAAGAGUGCAUCUACCUCUAAACCCGAAUUUGAGUUUAGCAGGUUGGACUUUCCUGAACUGCAGAGUCCAAAGAACAGUAAUGUGCCUGAGACACAGAAGCCGCCCAGGUGGGGGCCUCUUGGCCCUGCUGCCAGUAACAUGUCUCUCCUGGGAGACGUUGGCAAGCCUGUCAAAGAUAUGAUGGAGGGCAAAAUGGUGAAGACCAAUCACACUGAUGGAGCUGUGACCAGUAAUGCUGCUACCAGUUCCCCUCCGUGUACCCGAGAGUUGUCUUGGACACCAAUGGGUUAUAUUGUUCGGCAGACAGUGUCUUCAGAUUCAGCAGCUGUGACUGAAAAUGUGACUUCCACGAUAACCCUAAAGAAGACUGCUUCAUCAGCCGAUGCUAAAAGUGUUAGUGUGACAUCUGAGGCUUUAUCUUCAGAUCCUUCCUACAGCAGGGAAAAGCGUGUUCGUCCUGCUCCAAAGGCCAAAGCAUCACAAGGAGGUGAACUUGAACAAAACGAAAGCUCCAAAAAGAAUAAGAAAAAGAAAGAGAAGUCUAAACCGAGUUAUGAAGUCCUGACGGUUCAGGAGCCGCCGAGGAUUGAAGAUGCAGAGGAAUUCCCCAACCUGUCAGUUGCGUCGGAAAGAAGGCACAGAGGGCAAUCACCGAAGCUUCACAGUAAACAGCAGACGCAGAAUGAUUUUAAAACUAGCGGGAAGAAGAGCCAGGUCCCAGUGCAGCUGGACCUGGGGGGCAUGUUGGCCGCACUGGAGAAGCAGCAGCAGCAAGCCUCACACGCCAAGCCGUCCUCCAGACCCGUUGUGUUCUCAGUCGGAGCAGUGCCAGUCCUGUCCAAGGAUGCCUCCUUGGGUGAGAGGGGACGCCGCUCCAGUCAGAUGAAGACCCCACACAACCCCCUGGACUCCAGUGCCCCCCUGAUGAAGAAGGGGAAACAGAGGGAGAUACCUAAGGCCAAGAAGCCCACCUCACUGAAGAAGAUAAUUCUGAAAGAACGGCAAGAGAGAAUGCAGCAGCGACUCCAAGAAAGUGCUGUGAGCCUGACGGUGACCAGUGAUGACUCACAGGACGUGGAAAGUGGUGCCAGUAACCAAACCCCCAGUCAGGACAACCCCACAGGUCCAGAGAAGACAGAAGAAUCAGUGUCUUCUACACCUGUGGUUGAGGGUGAGUCAGAAGAACCAGCUGGCACAGAGUUCCAGAGGGACCCAGAGGCUUGCCAGCCUACCCCUGACAGUGCCACCUUCCCCAAGAUCCACAGCCGGAGGUUCCGGGACUACUGCAGCCAGAUGCUUAGUAAAGAAGUAGAUGCUUGUGUCACGGGUCUGCUCAAGGAGCUGGUGCGCUUCCAAGACCGAAUGUACCAGAAGGAUCCCGUCAAGGCCAAGACAAAACGCCGGCUCGUGCUGGGGCUGAGGGAGGUCCUGAAACACCUGAAGCUCAGGAAGCUGAAGUGCAUCAUCAUCUCUCCCAACUGUGAGAAGACCCAGUCUAAAGGUGGGCUGGACGACACGCUGCACACCAUCAUCGAUUGCGCCUGUGAGCAGAACAUCCCCUUCGUGUUUGCACUCAACCGCAAGGCACUGGGGCGGAGUCUGAAUAAAGCAGUUCCUGUCAGCAUUGUAGGGAUCUUCAGCUACGAUGGGGCCCAGGACCAGUUCCACAAGAUGGUUGAGCUGACCAUGGCAGCCCGUCAGGCAUACAAGACCAUGUUGGAGACGAUGCGGCAGGAGCAGGCAGGAGAACCUGGACCUCAGACCCCUCCCAGCCCAUCCAUUCAGGACCCCGUCCAAUCCACGGAAGAAGGCACCCUCGUUUCUACUGGAGAAGAGCCACACUACAUUGAGAUUUGGAGAAAGCACCUGGAAGCAUACAGUCAGCGUGCCCUGGAGCUGGAAGACUCGCUGGAGGCGUCAACCUCUCAGAUGAUGAACUUGAAUUUAUAAGAAUUCUUGCCUGUGUGUCUAUAUAUUGGGUAAGGAUGGGGGAGGCAGGAAAAAGACUUCCUUCUCAGUUCUUUACUGACAUGAUGUAUUUAUGUGACUGUAGAGUUGGAAAUUCACUGGCCUCAGGGCAAAGGAAGCACCUGGUUGUAGCACUGUGAGUCCAUCAGAUGGGCACUCAGAUGCGCUCGUGGGCACCUUUCCUAAGUGCCUGGCGAUCAGCUUCAGUUUUUUGUCUCUGCACGCUGGAUCUGGAAAAUGCUGGAGAACGUGGUCCUGGGUUCCGUGGCUGCCUAGGACCCACUAUUACAGUGCUGCUCAACCAAGUUUGGGGUUGGUGAACCAGGAGCUGUGCUCCAGGGGACUGUAGAGGGCCCUUCCUCGGGGGUGGAGCCCUGCCACUUUGUGCUGCCAAGGAUUUGCUAAGAUGAGCCUCAGAAGAAAAUUAGUUUCUAACAUGACUUUUUGACAUAAUGCUUUUAGUUUUUAUUUUCCAAAGAAGCAGUAUAUAUCAAAUUUGUAGAUUUCAGUUUGGUGUCUACAAAUCUUUUUCAUGAACAUAGGGUGAAUGUGGUUUCUGUCUUAGAGGACAGAGCUUACUAACAUAUUUUCCUGCAAGCAAGAGGGCUUGUUUUGAAUAAAGAGUGAUUAUUUCAAUUCA